AUGCGUUUUCUGGGCAUAGCUGAGUCACCGAGUAAAGAAGUGAAUCUACAGGAGAGAAACAAACUAACGUAUCGAUCAAAAACCACUACCAACGUCUGGAUCGAUAUCUGCAUCGAUCCGCCCAUCCUUGUCUCCUGGAUCGUAGCUGAGAUCAGCGUGAACCACGUGGGUCUCUGCUCCCUGACCUGUUUCCUGUGUUUGGAAAGAGUUCCAGCUUCAUCUCUCGGUUUGUGGGCUCAUCUAAAGGACCAACGUGGAUCGAGAAGUCAGCGCUCUCAGGAGCCCGACAAAUUCGUUGAAGAAAGAAGUGGAAGAAAAAAAUACUGUGACGAGUUUGGGAAAGACAUUACUGUGAAAGCUUCCCUAAAUAUGCAUCAGGUCAUUCACACCAGAGAGAGACCGUUCAGCUGUGACGAGUGUGGAAAGUCUUUUUCCUGGAAGAAAGCCCUAAAAAGACACCAUCUCAUCCACAGUGGACUUAAAGCGUACAGCUGUGAUGAGUGUGGAAAGUCUUUUACCCACUCUGGAAACUUAAAAGCACACCAACUCAUCCACACUGGAGAGAGACCAUUCAGCUGUGAUGAGUGUGGAAAGUCUUUUACCCACUCUGGAAACUUAAAAGCACACCAACUGAUCCACACUGGAGAGAGACCGUUCAGCUGUGAUGAGUGUGGAAAGUCUUUUACCCACUCUGGAAGCUUAAAAACACACCAACUGAUCCACACUGGAGAGAGACCAUUCAGCUGUGAUGAGUGUGGAAAGUCUUUUACCCACUCUGGAAGCUUAAAAGCACACCAACUGAUCCACACUGGAGAGAGACCAUUCAGCUGUGAUGAGUGUGGAAAGUCUUUUACCCACUCUGGAAACUUAAAAGCACACAAACUGAUCCACACUGGAGAGAGACCAUUCAGCUGUGACGAGUGUGGAAAGUCUUUUAGCAAGUCUGGAAGCUUAAAAAUACACCAACUCAUCCACAGUGGAGAGAAACCAUUCAGCUGUGACGAGUGUGGAAAGUGUUUUACCCACUCUGGAAACUUAAAAGCACACCAACUGAUCCACAGUGGAGUUAAAGCGUACAGCUGUGAUCAGUGUGGCAGAGCUUUUACUCACAGUAACAGCUUACAGAGUCAUCUAGUUACCCACUCUGGAAUUAAGGCAUACAGCUGUGACAUUUGUGGAAAAACUUUCAGCCGGAUAGGGAGGCGAAAUACACACCUACGCAUUCAC